AUGCUCGCUCUCCCCCUCCUCUCCUCCCUCUCUACCAUCUCCGCCGUGGCCGCGGCGCCGACCAUCCUCCGCUCCCAGCUGCAGGUCUACCCCGGCGGCCGCUGCCUCGACAACCCCCACGGCGAGCUGUACGAGGGCCACCUCGUGCAGUGGUGGGACUGCGCCGGCAUCGACCCCAACCGCCAGGGCCUCGCGAACCCGAACCAGGGCUGGAGGCCCGAUGGCCAGAAGUGGCGAUACAUCGCUGACGAGAACUGGUGUCUUGGCUCUCCCGCUUCGCGCUUCGCGCUCGCCCGCUCACACACACACACAGUCGCCACGAAUGGCUUCGCCGUCAUGGCCCGCUGCGAGGGCUACGGCCCCGACGUGAGGAGCACCGACUGGGUGCACGCGGGCGACAUUGGGCGUCUCUGCUCGCAGUGGAACAUUGACUAUUGCCUCCUCGACAAUGACGACAGGAACGGCGAGUACGCCGUCGUCUGGGACGACUUGGGCAGGCAGGCCAGCAUCCAGUUCAACGAGGAGGGCUUUGACUCUCUGUGA